AUUAAACAAUAUAACAAACCGAAAUACCACAUUUUCAAACAGUUUUAGUUUAUAAUUACAACAUCCUUACAAUGAAAAUUAGAACUAACAUGUACUUAAUUACGGCGAUACUGCUGAUAUCAAACUUACUGACACUAUGCAAAGGCGACAGUGACAUUGAUCAUGAACCAUUCUCUGAUCACUUAGAUGAUCAUUUAGACCACUUAGACGAUUUACAUGAUAUAAUUGGUCCUAUAUCAAAUAAUAACAAUAUUAUUCAUAGAGUUGAAUUAGUUCAACAUAAUGGAGAUACAAUAACUAAAUACGCAAAAACAUCCCAUACAAAUCAAGAGGCAAGUAACGAAAUAUUUUCCAACUCAAUUCCUACUAUUCAAAAUUCUAAUGUACCAGCUACUUUUACGAAAGUAAUAAAAAAAACAAUAAUAAAACAAUCUGAUAAUGAUGGAAAUAAUUCCCCAGAAACCGAUUUAUCAAUGAAUGAUAUGUACAGUAAAAGUAAAUUGAAAGGAAACGGAAUUGGUAAUUCAAUGUCGAAGUCUCAAACUUUAUCACAAAUGGAUCACGCGGAAAACAUUAGUUUUCCACCUAUGCCUUUACAACAAACUUCUAAUCUACAAGGUAAUAGAAACAACAUAAUGCAUACUACAGUAGUGAAAACAACUACAAGUGGAAGUCCAGCAAAUGAAUUAAACGAAUCAUUUAGUACAAAAAAUAGCUUAGACGGAAUACCUCCAAAUCAUAUUAUAUCUACAAUGAGUUCAAUUAACUCAAAUUUCAAUGACGGAACUGAAGGUUCAGGUUCCUUGCAAUCAAAUUCAAUGGAAGGAAAUAGUAAAAUAAAAACAGUUUCAAUGACAGAAGAUAAUAUCGAUGGAAAUGGUAUUAAUAAAUCUAAAAGAAUGUCUUCUAAGCCACUAGGUUCUUACAGACGCACGAAAACUACAAUAAUAAAACAACAUAGUAUAGAUGACGACAAUGAUAGUAAUGAUUUAAAUAAAUCUUCUAUACAAUUUAAUACAGAAAAUGCAUCUUCAAAUAAUAUUGUAUCGUCAAUGACAAACCCUUUAGGGUAUAAUACAGUAACUACUACAAAUAUUGACAGAGAUAAUUCUAAUAAUAAUGCAUAUAAUCAAAGAAUCCCAUCUAGGAUAGAACAAACUCGUUUUAACAAAUUUAAUGCCCUUGGAAAUUCAGUAUCUGAAAAUGAAGUUACCCAAAAUCCAAACUCGUUUGUACAAACCAAAACAACAAUAAUAAAAAAUGAAAGGGCAGCUGAUGAAAUUAAUCUUGGGGAUUUAAAUGAUGCCAAGAUAGAUUUUAAUAUUAACGAUGAAAUUUCUAAUUCAAAGAACGACAUAAAUUCAAAUGCUAUGAUAUCUUCGAAUUACAAUGGUAAUGAUAAUGACAAUGGUCUUAGUUAUAGUUAUGGUUAUAAGAAUGGUUAUGAUACUAACUUAAAUAAUAAUUAUAAUGCUAACUAUUAUGGUAUUUCAGAAAAUAAGUAUAAUGGUAAUAUAAUUUCUUCCGAUAACUUGAAUAAUAAAUAUGUUCUUAUACCCCAGUCUGGUAAUGUCAAGAUCACAAGAAAGAAAGGAAAAAAAAAUGGUAGAACCAAAAACUUUAAAGGUGGUAGGUCAAAAAAAAUGUCAUAUGGAAAUAGAAAAGUAAAUAAUGGACAAAGAAAAGUUAAAAAUAGUCGUAAUUAUAAAAAGACAAGAUCAUCAAAAGCAAGAAAUGGAGGAAGUUCUCGAUAUUAUUCAUCAAAUAGUUAUGUAAAAGGAAAAAGCGAUUCUUUUUCAUCUUCAGAUAGUGAAUCAGAUGAAGAAUCUAUGAAGAAAAAAAUGUCGUGCCAUUGUUCAAAAGAGCGAAGGUUAAAUAAAAGAGAUAGUAGUGAAAGUAACCGAAGUAGUUAUUCAAAAGAAAAUUUUAGUGCAGGGAGUCAUAGUUUAAGUAAUUCUAUGGAUAAACAACCAAUGAAAAAUAAUGAUGACUUCGUUAACGGAUUAUCAUCAUCACCACCACCGUUCAUGGGGCGUGAACCGCCACCAAAUUUAAUUUUUGAUAUGAUGUCAGAUCAGCGAAUAGACAAAUUAUCUAAUGACAAUCAAUCAGACGAAACAACAGCUUUGAACAGACAAGGAGAAACUAGAAGUCAACAGAUUGAUGAUCAUCACUUAUCCAAUGUUGAUAAAUUAAAUCAAUAUUUAGAAUACCAAAUACCAAAUGAACAGUAUUUCGGACCACCUGAUUUAGGUCCUGGUCCCGGUCCCGGUAGAGCUCCCGGUCCCGGUAGAGCUCCUGGUCCCGGUAGAGGUCCCGGUCCCGGCAGAGGCCCCGGUCCUGGUAGAGGUCCCGAUCCCCGUAGAGGUCCCGGAAAAUGUCCAUUUAAACAAGCUAAUUCAUUUGAAUCUAGACAAUUUUAUAACGGGGGCUAUCAAAAACACUUUGAUCAAAAUCAACAAUCAUCAUCUCCUCCAUUACAAUCCCCAUAUCCAUAUUCAUUUAAUAAAGAUAGUUAUGCUGAUUUUUCUAAGAUAGACUCAACUAGUCCUGAAUUUAUGGAUAGUCAGUCCGGGCAAGCGAACCAGAUAAACAUAAACACAAUUUCACCUCAAAUACAACAAGACAGUGAUAAUGAAACUUCUGAGUUUAAUCAAAUGAGUGCAGUUAAUUCAAGAUCCAAGACUAUGCAUACUAGCAGCAAUAUAAUAAAAAACACAAAUAGCGGUCCAAUUAUAGAGUAUAAGAAAAUAAUCAAAACAACAAAAAAUAUAGAUGAUAAUAGUAUUCCAGAUAGAUAUAAUAUUGUUCAAUUUUUAUCAGUCCCACCUGAAAUUGACGAUAUCUAUAAUAUAUAA